AUGAACAUCAACACCUCAUUGUCCCGCGUUUCCAUAUUCCACAAGCAUGACCAGAUUGACGGUGCUUCUCACAGCUCUGCUACUGUUGUUAAGUCAGCAGGGUGCAUCGGUGCUAGUUCCAGAUUCCUUCUCCGACACCAUAUCAAGACUACCAACUUGUGCUUCUCCAACUCGACCUGUUCCAUCGCAGAUGCUGCUUGUAUUUGUGCCACGGCCAACUACGACCUUAUUCAGGGGCUGGCUACACCGUGUAUCCUGAACUCCUGUAGCCCUCCCGAGGCUUUAUUCACCAAGAACCUCACCGAGACGGCAUGUGGCCAUCCUACGAGGGACAGGUCUUCCGAAUAUAGUGCCUUGGCCAUCUCCGUGGGCGUCACGUCUAGCAUUUUUGUUGGAGUACGCAUCAUAUACAAGGUAUUCUUCUGCCAUGACAACAGACUAGGUUACGAUGAUUGGGCCAUUCUCAUGGCAUUUCUGGUUAAUGUACCAAGCAUAACUAUCAAUGUUCACGGCUUAGCCGCCUAUGGACUUGGCAGAGACAUCUGGACUCUGACUCCAGACGACAUAAUUACCUUUAUCGAGUUCUUUCUCAUUGACGAGGUUCUCUACUUGGCCAUGGUAUCGCUCGUAAAGCUGAGCCUGUCACUGUUCUAUCUCCGCAUCUUUCCGGGGACGACUAUCCGGCGGCUGUUAUGGGCAACAGCUCUUUUCAAUGUCGCCUUUGGUAUCGCGUUCGUUACUACGGCCAUCUUUCAGUGCACGCCAAUCAGCUACACAUGGACCCAGUACAUUGAUCACUCGCUGCCUGGCCACUGCAUCGAUCGCAACGCUUGGGGAUGGAGCAACGGCGCCUUGAGCAUUGCCCUCGACGCUUGGAUGAUACUCAUCCCGCUUAGUCAAGUGCCACGACUUAGACUGCAUUGGAAACAAAAGGUGGGAGUUGCCAUCAUGUUCUUCAUGGGGACCUUGUAA